CCUUUUCUUAAAAAAAACACAAAAAGACGCACAGCGCCUCCCUUCUCGUCUGUGGAUCAGGACUGCCGUCCGGAGUAAACCAUGAACUGAAGAAGCUGCCACAAGGGCAUUUCCGACUUCGAAUCUUUCCUUCUUUGUAAUUUUCUCCUUGAUAUUUUUAUUUUUUGUGCGUGUGCUCUGAAGAAGACUCGUUCCGGAUGACCGCGCCUUGAAAGGGGGGGAAAAAAAAACACACCAAGGCUUUGCCACUUUGUUUUGGAAAUUUAGAAACAGUAACAGCAACAACAAUAACAACAACAAGGAUCGUAAUAACUCACCCCCAGACCUUGAGGAUCUUGCGAAAACAUGGGGCGGAAAAAGAUCCAGAUCCAGCGGAUUACGGACGAAAGGAACCGGCAGGUGACGUUUACCAAGCGGAAGUUCGGGCUGAUGAAGAAAGCCUACGAGCUCAGCGUCCUGUGUGACUGCGAGAUUGCCCUCAUCAUCUUCAAUCACUCUAACAAGCUGUUCCAGUACGCCAGUACCGACAUGGACAAAGUGCUGCUGAAAUACACGGAGUACAAUGAGCCUCAUGAGAGCCGGACCAAUGCAGACAUCAUUGAGACAUUAAGAAAGAAAGGUUUUAACGGUUGCGACAGUCCAGAGCCUGAUGGGGAGGAUUCCAUCGACCAGAGCCCGCUGAUGGAGGACAAGUACCGGAAAGCCAGCGAGGACCUCGACAUCUUGUUCAAGCGCUACGGUUCUGCAGUUCCGGCUCCCAAUUUUGCCAUGCCGGUGACGGUGCCCGUGAGCAACCAGAACACCUUGCAGUUCAGCAGCCCGGGGGGCUCCUUGGUGACCCAGUCGCUCGUGACCUCGUCGCUGACUGAUCCCCGGCUCCUGUCGCCUCAGCAGCCGGCGCUCCAGCGCAACACGGUCUCUCCGGGUCUCCCUCAAAGACCAGCCAGCGCAGGGGCGAUGCUCGGAGGCGACCUCAACAACACCAACGGCGCCUGCCCAAGCCCGGUCGGAAAUGGCUACGUCAGUGCCAGAGCGUCGCCCGGUCUCCUCCCAGUCUCCAAUGGAAACAGUCUGGGCAAAGUUAUUCCGGCCAAAUCACCGCCGCCUCCGCCGCCGUCCCACGGCACCCCGUUGGGGGCCAACAGCCGCAAGCCUGACCUGCGCGUCAUCACUUCCCAGAGCGGGAAGGGCCUCAUGCACCACUUGACGGACGACCAUUUGGAUCUGAACACACAACGCCUCGUCGUCUCCCAAGGGACCCACUCGCUCACCACACCGGUGGUUUCGGUGGCCACCCCAAGCCUCCUGACGCAGGGCUGCCCUUCUCGGCCAUGCCCACCGCCUACAGCACAGGUAAGGCCGAGGGAAGGCGGAUUCCUCUCUUAGGCAAAGCACCGAUGC